CGAGGAGCACCACCUACGCCAUUCGCUGCUUUCUGAUCCAUAUUGCAGUGGCAGCGGUGUGUUUAUGUAUGUCCGGGCGGAUCUCCUCACGGCGCCUUGAGACGCUCUCCCGUCAGCUGAGCCCUCGUCAGAGGAUGGCGGACCCCUGCCCCAUCACCACCCAUGUGCUGGACACCAGCUCCGGCAUGCCGGCGUCAAAUCUGAUGAUCAGGCUAGAGAAGAAGGACGAGGCGUCGGGCGAAUGGCAUCCGCUCAAAACCAUGAGGACAAACAACGACGGUGAGAGAGAAAUGCCGGCGGAGUGAGUGGCGCAUUCAGAUCUGUGCCUGUCAUGAUCUCUCAGGUCGGUGUCCAGGCUUCACUCAAGGCCACAAGGUGAGAGAUGAAGGCUCUGCAGAGAGAUGGCGACAGUCGUGAAUGACGCUCUCUCUCUCUGUGUUGCGGUGUCCCUUGUGCAGCUCGAAAAUUGUCUCUAUCGAAUCACUUUUGAGACUGCCGAUUACUUCCGGCAGCAGGGGAAGCCGUGUUUCUACCCCGAGGUGGUCAUCACCUUCCUGGUGGAGUACCCCGAGCAGCACUAUCACGUGCCCAUCAUACUGGGGCCUUACGGCUACUCCACUUAUAGAGGCUCUUAGCACUCACUCAUUGCAUGUGGUGCGUGUGUGUGAUGUGUGAC